GGACACAUUUAUUUAUGCUACUUCAGUGGAAUCCAAGGGUAUGCCUGAAGCUGUAGAAGUGUUAGCGGAAGUUGUCCUCCGUCCUCAGCUGCUGCCCGAAGAGGUUACAGAUGCAAGAAUGGCUGUGACUUUUGAUUUGGAGGACCUGCAGCUAAGGCCAGAGAAAGAUACUUUGCUGAUGGAAAUGAUACAUGCUGCUGCAUACAGAGACAACACUCUUGGGCUUCCCAAGAUCUGCCCUCCAGAGAAUGUGAUGAAGAUUGACAGGUCAACCCUUUUCACCUACCUGAAGAAACACCACACACCCUCUCGCAUGGUUCUAGCAGGCGUGGGGGUCAAUCAUGAUGCUCUCGUCGAGUGUGCACAGAAACACUUUGUUGAACAUCCGGCCAUCUGGGAUAUGGAGCCAGCACUGGGGAGCUCUCGCACUAUAGAAGUGGAUCGGUCAGUGGCGCAGUACACGGGUGGGAUUAUUAAGGUAACUUAUUUUCUUUUAUGUUCUCUGAGUUCCAAUUAUGUUAUGUAUGCUCUCAUUACUGACACUUCAUGCCCACUCCAAAUUUCUUGCCCAAAGUAAAUAUAAAUAAGUAUUUUGUUAAAAAUGUAGAAUUGCCUUGUGCUGUUUCAAGAUUUUCAAACAUUUCUAAUGUGUUUGAGCAUUAAAAAAAAA